GUCACGCCAAACAUGGCGGCUUAUUUGGAAUGAAAACGCGAAAGGCAAAAAAAAACAACGAAAAGAGUUUGAGAAAGCAUUAAAAACGUGUGAUUUAAACGGUCAGCCGCGUUGUUUCAACCAACGGAGCAUCGAUAAUAAUUAUAAUAAUAAAAAUAAUGCUGACCGGAAGCUGCUUGUGCUGGUUUGAUGACUGAUGUCAGAGCCGAACACACAUGAAGAGUUCACCGAGCUUUGGAGGACGGUCUCCAAACUGUGUCACGGCAAAACACAGGACAACAACACCGGGAAACAGAUGCCUGCCACGUCCCCCAUGCGUCCAGAUUUCCAGAGUCCCAGGCACAGAGGCUACGGCAGAUACCCCGGACUGAAUAAUGGAGAUUCUCCUGGAGAUGUGGAAGCUUCGCAGGAUAUUUUCUGGGAUUCGACAUCUCCCACUCAAACUAAUACUGGGCCAGGACACAGGAACACCAGAGUCGUGGAAAUAUCAGAUAUCGUCAACCGCAUUGCUCCAAAGGAUGUGAAACCAAAAGGGACUGAAUCUCCUCUGCUGCAGUGGAUCGGUGACAGCGCCAUCCCAUGCACACCGGAGAUCCGAAAACCAAGAACCAGGAAGAAGUCCACUCGACAGAGCAAUGUGGAGGACCUCAUGAAGCUGGCCCGGCAGUUCGAUGAGAACAUGCAGCAGGACAAGGAGACUUCAGAACAGCUGAACGCCGUCAGCAGCGACCUUGACGGACGUGUUAAGACUUCUGAGACACAAGUAGCACCGACAUCAUUCCCAAGCAAUGCGAAGGACCUGAAGUGUUCGUCGUCGUCGUCGGAUCUGGUGGAGGCCGAGCUGCACGCUCUGUUCGACUGCUCCACUCAGGGAGUCAGCGGCCGGCUGAGCCAGAGCUUUGCAGCAUCGCCCUGUUUACAAGACAUAAAACACCAACACGUGACUUCAGCUGCAUCUGAACAAAACGAGUCUGGAUCAGCUGCACGUCCCGCCAGAGAGAAACGAUCUUGUGGUUCCAGCGCAAACAACUGUGAUGAUUUUGAUGAUGACUGGGAGAACGACGACUUGCUUAAUGACUCUUUUGUUCUGGCGAUGACCCAGAAUCCCGACCAGCAGCACGAUGCCGAUCCUAAAACCACCCUUCAGACGAACACUACUCAGUUCACCUCUGUUUGCAAGCCAGCUGCAAAGAAAAACUCCACAUAUCAGCCUUCAGACUGCCAGCCAAGCUGCAGUUCACUCCAGGAGCUGUGUCCCAAACCAAAGACGACCAACAGAAGCACUUUCAAGCUGGAGCCUAACCCUUGUUUCCAGCCCAAGAUGGCUAAAGAAGCUUCAAAGUCCGGCUUCACUGUUAAACAAACUAAAACACAGAUGUUGGAGCAGAAAUCUGCUUCCUCAAAGACAACAUUUACUCUGCAGCCCGACAGGAUCACUAAUAAUCAGAAGGGGGCUCUUUCAGGAGCAGACUCUGGUAAAGACAUCUCAGACAGUUUGUGGGAUGAUGGGGACGAUGACGCGCUGCUCUACCAGGUAUGCGACAGCGUGGAGAGGAUUUCUAACAGUCAGCCACAGCAAGCAAGUCCCAGAAACUGCCAACAAAAGCAAGACAUCACCGUAGACGGAGGACGGAGAAGCACCAAGCCUCUUCCAAUCAGUAGGGCCUCGUCCACAAACACCGGCGCUAAAAGACAGUCGACAUGUGCUUUUGUUCGUUUUAACUCAUUACCGACCAGCAGCAGUGGAACCGUGAACCUCCAAGCAUGGAACGUUCCCAUGAAAGGUUCCAACGACAAAUCACGGAUGUCUCAGAGCUUCCCAAGAAGCUGCAUGGGUCUGGGCACAUUUGGCCAGUGUGGAGAUUCCUCUGGAACUUUCCAGGCUGGAAAUGUGAACGUGGAUACGAAGACGGUGACAGCAGGAACACCGCAACACUUCAGGUCCCAUCAUGCAGCUUUCAAGAGAAACCUAUCAGACUCGGCAGCUAUAAGCAGCAAAGUUUUUGUCACGAGCCAGAUGACAGGGAAGUGCUCUGCAGCCGAGAUCGAGAGGAAGAAGCAGGAAGCCUUGGCCAGGAAGCGGCAGCGGAUGCAGAACGCCUCGAAACCGUAGAGCAGCUCCAUCUGAACUUUUGAGACUUAUUUUCCCAGAAUGAGCCUUUACAGAAUCCAUCAGUCUAUUCAGAUGCCUGACAGUAGAUCACCGAGGUCAGGGGGAUUCGCUCGGCUUUCUGUGCAAAUGGGAGACAAGAAGAUGCCUGCUGCUAAUGUGAAAAUGUAUUUCAUGAGAAAAGACUUUCUCUGUUUGCUGAAGUUUACGAUCUGGAGCUGCAGCGAAUUAAAAAAAAGAGAUUUUCCUGAGCUGCUGACUUUGAAAACUAGUUUGAAAAGAAUCCCGAUGCUGACUAACAACAGUCACAUCUUCUGUUUGUGUCUCAGGAUCGUUUUUUCAGCUCUCUGGAGCCAUUUAGGAUAGAAAAUGUUUUCUGCUUUUGUUUUAACGUAAACACUUCUCAGUGUCGCUUCUCAAAUUGCAAAAGCAAAAGCAGUCAGACGUAAAAACAGACUGUGUGUGUGUUGAUGUUCUCCAUCAGAAAUGGAGGUCUUCAGUUUGAACGCUGGCUGCUGUCGUCUUUAUGAUACGAACAGUUUCUGUGCCUGAAACCUCUUUUGAAGCAGAGUUUUUAAUCAAAGGAGAUUUGUUUGAAGUAGGAAUUGGGGCAGUACUGUAACACAAUUGUGCACAAACACUUUUCUUUGGGGCCAAACUAAACAUUUAAUAGGUGAGGAAAUAACAUGUCUGUUUUUGUUUUUUUUUUACACUGAGCAGAUUCUGAUUGGUUAAUAGUUAAUAGUUCUCACUUGUGUUUUCUCCAGGUUCUGUUGGUUCGUCUUACGGUUUUUCUCAUUUGAGUUUUGCAUGCCAGUGUUGAUUGUUGCACCGUGAAGGCCGUCAUCUGGUCGUCCACUGUCUGUUUAUUUCUACAGCCACGCUAUGCACCUUUGGAAGAAGUUAAUUUCUGCAAGAAUAAUAAAAAAACAGCAGUGGAAAUGUGUUUUUUAUAAUCGGAAAUUAUGAGAACUGAAUGCUAACGAUGUCCUCACACUACAGGUCCUGGAAGUUUUGGUCAGAUGUGUUGUAAGAGAGAAACAACUCUCAGAUAAAAAGCUAAAAACCUC